AUGUCUCCGACCGAGAAGCAAAAAGACCUCUCCCACCGUCAUCGUUCGUUCAAGGGAUGCUGGACCUGCAAGAAAAGGAGGAUCCAGUGCGAUGAACUACGCCCGACCUGCCAAAAGUGCAAUGACCGGGGUCUCACUUGCGAAGGAUAUGAGAUUAGAUUGCGCUGGGGAACUGGGAUCGCGUCCCGGGGGAAAUACUCGGGUGCCGAGAAGCCCGUGAAAGAGUCUACCCCCCCACGGUCGAAACGACGAUGCGAUAUGCGAGUUAAGGAGGACAAAUAUUCUUUAGGCGACGGAAAUGACCAGCCUGAUCUAGUCUCUCAAACUGCUACGAUAAAAGAUCAAGAUCGUCAAUCAGUUGCCGAACGAGCAACAGUCAAUAUACUCAACUCACCAUGGGAACCGGGUUCUCCACGGAGCUCGGCUAUCAACAGGCAUUUUGAGAUACCGGCAUCCUCGGCCACUUUACCCAUACCUACUAUGUAUGACCGGGGUAUAGAUGCGUCAGGUCAAUAUGCCCAGAAAGCGGGCCGACGGAGUAUUUUGGCUUGA